AGAGUUACAGUGCUCGCAAAAUAAAGUCCACAACCCGACGGGGAGAUCACGUUAACCAGGUAAUAUCAAAUCCAAAUCCUUCUUCCUGUUUGUAAUCGUAGCUUCAUUGAAGCUAGCCCCAUCGGUCCACCAUCAAAAAUGGAAACCUGGUUUCUGAUCCUCGUCACCAUCUCCAUCUCUGCCCUUCUGAAGCCUAUUUUCCACCUUUUAUUUUCUUCCAAGAAUUCCCCCUACAGCCUCCCUCCAGGCCCCUUUAAGUUCCCCAUCAUCGGCAACAUUUUAUGGCUCCGUAAAUCCUUCGCCGAAAUCGAGCCCAUCAUUCGCUCGCUGCACAAAAAGCUCGGCCCUAUGGUCACUCUCCACAUCGGUUCUAACCCCACCAUUUUCAUCGCCGAUCGCUCCCUAGCCCACCAAGCGUUGGUCCAGAGUGGUGCAGUUGCUAAUCGUCCACAGGCUCCUGCUACUAAUAAAAUUUCCACUAACAAUCAGCAUAAUAUCAACUCGUCCUUCUACGGCCCUACUUGGCGCCUCCUCCGCCGGAAUCUUACCUCAGAAAUCCUCCAUCCUUCAAGGGUCAAGUCAUACAAUCAUGCUCGCAAGUGGGUUCUGCAAAUUCUCGUCAACCGGUUUGAAUCGCAGUCGAAAUCUGGAGAUCCUGUUCGCGUUAUGGAUAAUUUUCGGUACGCCAUGUUUUGCCUGUUAGUCCUCAUGUGUUUCGGCGACAAGCUCGAUCAGAAACAAAUUGAAGAAAUUGAGAGAGUAGAACGUUCUGCCAUUUUGAAUGCUGUGAAAUUCAAUAUACUCAAUUUCAUGCCAAGAUUGACCAAGAUAGUGUUUCGUAAACGUUGGUCACAGUUUUUGCAGCUUCUAAAGGAUCGACAAGAAGUAUUGAUUCCAUUGAUAAGAGCAAGAAAGAAGGCCAGUGAAGAGCGACAGAGCAAGUUAAAUGACAAAAAAGAUGACUAUGUCUUAUCGUACGUUGAUACCUUGUUCGAUCUGCAGCUUCCUGAUGAGAAAAGAAAUCUUACAGAGAAGGAAAUGGUGAGUUUGUGCAAUGAGUUUCUUAACGCAGGCACGAAUACUACUUCCACAGCCUUGGAAUGGAUCAUGGCAAAUAUGGUAAAACACUCACAUAUUCAAGAGAAGCUUUUCAGAGAAAUUAAAGGGGUUGUUAGAGAGGGUCAAGAAGAAGUAAAAGAAGAAGAUUUGCAGAAGCUGCCAUAUUUGAAAGCAAUCAUUUUAGAAGGGCUAAGGCGGCACCCACCAGCACAUUUUGUUUUGCCACAUGCGGUGACUGAAGAUGUAGUUUUGGAUAAAUAUUUAGUACCCAAAAAUGCAAAUAUAAAUUUCAUGGUGGCAGACAUGGGAUGGGAUCCAGAGGUUUGGGAGGAUCCCAUGGCUUUUAAGCCUGAAAGGUUUAUGGGUAGUGAUAAUAGCAGUGGAGAAGUGUUUGAUAUAACAGGGAGUAAGGAGAUUAAGAUGAUGCCAUUUGGGGUGGGAAGGAGAAUUUGCCCUGGAUAUGGAUUAGCAAUGCUUCAUUUGGAGUAUUUUGUGGCUAAUUUGAUUUGGAAAUUUGAGUGGAAGGCUAUGGAUGGAGAUGAUGUUGACUUGUCUGAGAAGCUACAGUUUACAAUGGUAAUGAAGAAUCCAUUACAGGCCCUCAUAUCUCCCAGAUUCAAAUAAAGCUUCAUCUCUAUUUUUUUAGAUUUCAGUCUGUAUCACUCGAAAAGUUCUUGGGCAGCAGGAGAUGCUGCGUCUGUUGACAACAGACAAGUUAUGUAUGUUGUAUGCGUUAACCUAAAAAAAAUAAAUUAUUGCAAUUAAAAGUAGUGAAUAAUUGGUUUUA